UGGACAACCAGGCUGCGUUUGUGGGAUUGAAGAAAUUCGGUUUUGACAUUCAAAUGAAUCAAUUAAUAUUGUAUUGCCAUGAUUUGACGAAAAAACACAUAUAUAGAAGUUUAUAUGUAUAUACUACCCUCACACCACCCCACCAACAAAUAUAUUUCGAAAUCAAUAUGUUUCAAUUAAAUACGAUUUUUCAAAAUGUCAAUACGAUACCUUCCAAAUCCCCCAAUAUUGAGACGUAUUGGAUUUUUUCUACAUAAAAUCGUAAAGCACUUUGAGAUGAGCGGAAGGAAGUAGUUACUUUUGCGCAUGCGCAUUUCACAGAGCAGAAGCACGCUGCUUCUAGUCACAUGACAAUAACACUCUCCGUACUAUCACGUCGUGCAACUUCUGUUACUGUCUUUUUUGGUAACUAUUGGCAAAGUUAAAAUACAAUUAUUAAUAGAGAAAAUUACAAAAAUAAUGUAGAACGGAUGGCUGCUCAUUAACAGUUAACAGUCCUCUGAGAUUUGUUCCGUUCGGUGACGCUGGGACUCCGUUACCGAUUCACCGCAUCGCUCCCCCGGUUGACCUGCGUUUGAUCCGCGAUGCCUCCACUUAAGUUCUGCGCCAAUAUCUCGUGGCUGUUCACGGAGCUGCCGGACUUUAGCCAGAGGAUGUACGCGGCCGCCUCUGCGGGCUUCCGGGCAGUGGAGGCUGCUUGGCUCUACGACUGCGACCUGCAGGAGCUCCAGAGAGCCAGAGAGGCCACGGAGGUGGAGGUGAUCCUCAUCAACAGCCCGCCGGGAAAUAUCAAGCGAGGCGAUCUUGGUCUUGGUGCAGUUCCUGGAAGAGAAGCAGAGUUCAGACAAGGUCUGGAUCUGGCUUUGAAGUAUGCAAGAGCUCUGGCCUGCAAAAGGAUCCACCUGAUGGCAGGAAGGGUUCCUGGGGGCUCAAACAGAACAACAGUUGCCAAAGAGAUGGAGGCCAUAUUUGUACAAAACCUAAAAUAUGCUGCAGAUAUUUUCGCAAAGGAAGGCAUCACUGGUUUGAUUGAGCCAAUCAACACGAGGAUAACAGAUCCCAGCUACUUCCUGGACUCUCCUCAUCAGGCUGCUGCAAUAUUGGAGAAGGUCGGAAAGCCAAACAUCAAACUGCAAAUGGAUGUCUUCCACUGGCAGAUAAUGGACGGAAACCUCACACAGAAUAUACAUAAGUAUUUACCCAUAGUUGGUCACGUUCAGAUUGCUCAGGUUCCCGGCAGGAACGAGCCCGACAGCGCUGGAGAGUUGGACUACAGCUACCUGUUGACCACGCUGGAGAAGCUCCAGUACCAGGGAUACAUUGGCUGUGAAUACAAGCCUCUAGGCUCCACCAACGAAGGUCUGGCUUGGAUCAAAGAUUACGCCAAACCCAGGCAGUGAUACGCAGUCACACCACUUAAUCAAAGUAUUCACUAUACUUUGAAAUAUUAUGCUGUGUAUUUUACUGUCUAAAUGAAAGUUUUCCAUCUGCGUUUCAAUGUCAAAAAUAAAUAGUUAAU